UUUUGAAUAAACAUAACCUCGAAUAUUUGACAUAUGCAUUGAAAAACACUUGAAUAUUAAUUAAAAAUUUCAGUGAAAUGGAAAUAUUGGAUCAAAACCAAGAAAAAAAACGUAUUACAGUUGAACAAUUAGACAUACAAAUAUUACCGGUUAUUUACGAAAUUAUUAAAAGUAUUGAAAAAGAUCAUCACGAUAACACCUCGAAAACCAGAGAAUCCCAAGAUUGUUCCUUGAAAGUUUUAGAAUUACAAAAGAGGUUAGAUAACGCCAGAGCUCAGAUUAAUUCUUUGGCGGGUAUAGAAUUUAGCAAGGAACAACAACUGAACCACUUGGAGGCUUUAAAAACUCAAUUGAGAUUAAAACAAGAACUUCUUCAUAAAUAUCGCUAUUUGUACCCAUUUGGCAUGCAAAAAUCUUAGACUUCAAUAAAAAAGGAAGAAUGGU